UUUUUUCUCGUACCAUCGAGAAACCGGGCUCGAUACGGCUUAUGCUGUCAGUGGCCCUGAUAAACCCAACAGAGAAAGAAAGAAAGAAACCACAGGAAUAUGUUCAGAUUAAAAAAGUCGUUUUUCCCGGCUAGACCACAACCACCCAGCUGGGAACAAAUGGAAGAAGACCUUAAGUCUGCCACAGAUUCUGACAUAAUUUUCUGUCUCUCGCCAAACACAGCAGGUACUACACAUCCAUUGGAACAUCCAAAUAAAAGUGGCAGCAGUGUUGAUGCAGAGAAUGUUAAGGACUAUGACAACCAGGAACUUUUUGAGCAAGCUAUUGAAUUUGUGGAAAAAAAUGAUGAUUUAUUAAAUAACAUUAAACUUUUAAGUGAUAAAAGGGAGGGCUUAAAGCAAGUGAGCAGUAACCUUAAAUUGACUGUAGAGGAAGUGAAGAAACAAGCGUUAGUUGCUAUUGAUGGAGAGUAAUGGCCCUAUAAAAUUAAUCCACACAUGUUGCAUGUACAUAUAUCCGUGAUUGCCAUCUUGGGAACUCAAAUACUCAAUUAAUUCAUAAACACCAAAAAGAUUAAUUUCCUAGUACUGGUAAUUUGAUCAUUUCUCAAGUUUACUAAAAUAAAGCAUUAGUAAACAUGUAUUAGCAAUUUCACUAAUUUUUAUCAUUGUACAUACAUAGUAUACUAUAGUAUUUUGCAUAUUAUUAUUAUUAUUAUUAUUAUUAUUAUUGUAGUAUUGAGUUACAUAUGCAUGGAAGGUGCUAAGCCUUGGUCAUUUAGUGAUACACAGAAAUAGUGAGAGAGAUGGUAAGAAACAGGCAGAGGUGUUAGGAAAAGGGCAGUAAAACACAAAAAAAAAAAUAGAAGGGGAAAG